CGGCGCUGGCGGCGCGGAUGUUUGGGCAAGGCCGGCUAGGCCAGGCCAUGGCCCCGCUGCUGUUCCUGGGCAUGACAGCGGCGCUGGCCCGUGGCUGCCUGCAGUGCGACCCCCGUUUCUCGGAGAAGUUCUCCUUCUACCGUCACCACGUGAACCUCAAGUCCUGGUGGGUGGGUGACAUCCCCGUGUCGGGGGUGCUGCUCUCCGAGUGGAGCAAGAACACGAUGAAGGAGCUCCAUCUGGCCAUCCCCGCCGAGAUCACCCGGAAGAAGCUAAAUCAAGUGGCAGAAGCCGUGUACCAGAGGAUGGACCAGCUGUACCAGGGGAAGAUGUACUUCCCAGGGUAUUUCCCCAACGAGCUGCGGGCCAUCUUCCGGGAACAAGUUCGCCUCAUCCAGAACGCCAUCAUAGAGAGCCGCAUCGACUGUCAGCGUCACUGUGGCAUCUCCCAGUAUGAGACCAUCUCCUGCAGCAACUGCACAGACUCCCACGUCAUCUGCUUUGGCUACUACUGCAAGUCAUCGGCACAGUGGGAGUCAGCCGUACAAGGCCUUCUAAAAUACAUAAGCACCUGGCAUAAACAGGAUGUAAAGAUGAGAACCACUCCAGCCUUCCUUUCACCGAACAUAAAGUGUCUGGAACCUCAGCAUCUGGUCAACCUGACCUUGGAAAAUGCCUCUGAGUGUUUGACUCAGCACUGACUGGUGGCUGACAGCCCCCCAGCCUUGGCAGGUGCCAGGGCUCAACUGCACCGUGGCAGCCUAUUCCUCUGGAGAGGCUAGCCGCUGCCUGCCUCAGGUCACCCCUCCCACUCUCAUGGCUGGGCCAGGGCAGGGGAGGGCAGGGAGAUGGGCUUAUGUAAGAUUGUGGGGAAACCCCCAGGGCAGGGCCCUCUGAGGUAUUUUGAUUAAAAUGCCCUGACAUUUCUCAUGAAGGACAGUUCUUUACUGCCAGGAGAUCCAGCUGGGUCGUUAACGUAGCUGGUGGCAUACAUUUCGCCUGAACAUGAUGUGCGUCUGGAGGGGUCCCAGCCUCCUGUUCACAGAGGGAGGGACCAGAAAACCUGGCUGGUACCUGCAGCAUCUCCCUCAGGGUCUGAGGACUCUGAAUUGAUCCCAGUCCCCCUGGGUGACUAUGGUAGGGUUGCAGAAGGGGUGUUCAGUUCUUUUUGAGGUAGGAUGUGAAGUGUCCCAGUAUGGCCUGGAGCAUGCCAUGGAGCAGAUGACCUUCAAUUCCUGAAGGUCCUGCCUCUAUUUCCUCUUUGCUGGAUGACAGGUGCGCCAGCAGGGCCUUCCUGCACUGAGCCCCAGUCUGUAGGUUGGCCUGGAAUUCUCUUAGCCUCAGGAUGGAUGUUACGGUGGAGAUAAAAGCUGGGGUAGGUUAGUGUGUGACUCAGGUCAGAGAGACAGGUGGACCACACUACAGAGAGCACCUAACAGCAUGUGACGUGGCUUGACGGGGAGAAGUUGAUGCAGGUGACCCAGGGGCUGUUUUUUUGUUUUGGUAUCCUCCACUUCCAUGUCCCCUGGCCCCACAGACAGGAAGGAAUGAGUAUCUGCAUGCACAUUCCUACAGUUCUUGCUCAUGGGAGAGGCUGCAAGUUAGUUUUGUUUUUAACAAAGAAUACACAUGGCAGCAUCCGGAGUCCCUCCUUCCUCCAGGGGGACGGGGACAGAGCAGUUUCAACAGGAUGAAUAGGGACAUCGGGUAUUGUGUUGGGAGCUCCAGCUGCACUCUGUGGCCAGCACGAACAGUAGCCACUGUACAGUUACUGUCACUGCUGAGGACUACCUCUGGGGGUCCUGGCCAGGGGUGGCAGUGGGAGGGGGUGCUGCAUGGCCUCAGAUGGGGCGCUUGCUGGACGAGGCCUUGGGCACAGCAGCAUCUGGGGACUCUAGUUGCAGUUGAGAGCUUAGUUUACUUGAAAAGGAGCCUUCCCUUUCCCCCCAUCAAUGAAGGGGCACUGAGCUGCCUGAGGUGGAGCAAGGGCCCUUUUCAAGUCCACCUCGUCCCCUUCACAGCCCACAGGAGCAGUUAGGAUGCUGGGGAGGCUGGGCGUGGAAAGGCGGCUCAGUGGUUAGGACUUGCAGAGGACCCAGGUUUUCCCAUACAGGGUGCUUCACAACUACUUGGAGCUACAGUUCCAGGGAACUCAGAGCCCUCUUCUGGCACAAGCAUGGUGAGUGGAGACAGGUGGGAAGGGACUGUACAAGACGACUAUCUUCUGGCGCUACACUCACAGCAAACUUACCCCCACACACAAGGCCCCACAGGUGGAAGUGUUGGGGGAACUCACCGACCUGUACCAUCUGAGCUUCAGGAGCCUAAAUGGCACACUGGGGACUGCUCUGGGGCACCAUGGGGACACACAACACAGGAACCUGUUGUCUGACUCUUUAAUGGGUCAUCGUGACACCGAUCGUCAGCGGCGUGAUAUAUCUCUCUUCACAUGGGAAUGUCAACAGCAAAUCAAUCAUGGAACAUCAUAGAGCUGGAAGGUCACAUGGGGUCAGUCAGAGUACUCUACAUGCUAAGGUGACAGUUGUCCUCAAAGGAACGCCAGAAUGUCUGUAGACCACCAUCACCUCUGAGGGAAGGCUCAGCUUGUGCCCAGCUACCCAGUUAUAAGAAGUGUCCAGAUUGGGGUCGCUUCACCUCGUCCAGGAACCUCAUCCAGGAACCUGAGGAGCCCUGAAAGCCCCCAGGACACACCCCCUCCACUGCAAGGCCUUCAGCCCUCCACAGCUGCAGGGAGAAGCCCAGGAUGUGUAGUGACAAACUGAGGGGCAUACAUUGUACUCCUCCACUGACCCCCACAUCAGAACCCCAAGACAGACGAUUCUGUUGAACAGAAGAAAAUCAAAGGGCCAUCCCUGUUGUCAGCAGCUAGGCUGUGGAACCACCCACAAGGACACUCCAUCCAUCUGGCCUCACAGGCUGUGGGGAGAGGAAUUAACAGCUGGCCUGAUCACCUCCCCACAGAGGCCACCAGUUGGGAUAUUUGAGGACAGCAGCAGCUUGGAAGGGUUCCUCCAGGGCAGCAUCAGUGUGUUUGCUGUAACCCUGCAGUCCCCACAGCCACCGUUGAGAAUGGGAAGUGGAGUAGCCCCUUGCUGGCUAGGGUCAGGAUGGCCUUCCUUGCCAAAGGAGUGGGGGUUGGAAUAAAGGAUAAUAAAAUAUGCAACAUGGGACCUCAGGGUCACAGCGGA